CUAAACCAUUGUUGGUUCGUUCUUUCUUGCGAGCGAAUGCGAUUAUCUUGUUCGUUUGGCGAUUUUAAGAAAAGGAUGUUUUCUUUCAUUUUUAAAAAGAAGAGUUUUAAGAAUUGGAGGCUAUUAUGCCGUGGAACAAAAGUUCACCCAAUGGAAGGCGAUAUAGACAAUUCGGCCCAUACUGUGGGAAAGGAAGAGUGCAGGAUUGCAGAUCUUCCAGUGGUCUUAUCGGGCGGUGACAUUAUGACCUCUCCGCUAGAUCGAAGCUUGAGUAUAAGCUUGCUGUCGCCUACAGCAGAUAACAUGUUUGACACAGAUUCCCAUAAAUUGAAUUCCGCCGAAAUGACAAAAAUGCGCGACCUAUCGCGUUGGUGGGAUAUGCACAACACGCUGCAAACCGAACGCUUUCCAAAUGUUCGGCCAUGCAUUUCAUUUUUAGGCGAAUUAUGUGAUAAACCGUGCAUGGACAGCAUGUAUUUCUCGAUAUGGAAAACAACUUGGUUCUCUGAACAGCUGACAAAUGACAACGUUUUCAUUCUACACCAAACAGAGAAUUCGGACGAGACGCCUAUAGAAAAGUUGAGGCGAUUGACGAGGUUCCUGAUGAAGUUUUCAAUUUAUCGGUUUCCUAAACAAAAUCAAAAUGAAACGAUUGAACAAACAAUAAGUAGAAUUCUCAUCUCUGCCCAAAAGCAAGAGAUUCUUAUUCCUUCCUCAAAUGAUACAAUCGAUAAAUACACUUUGAGCACCACACGUUUAGUCGUCGUGGAUAACAAAGUAAAAGUAGAGGAGGUGGAGAAAAAAGGGAAGAAAAAGUCUAAAUCUCGACGUUGGUGGAAUGUAUUUUGCUGCAGUCGUGAUUAAGUUCCCAUAGCAGCUUCUUUCUUCCCAGACAGAUUCGUAACGUAUUUCAAUCUAAUAUAUGGUACUUAAUGUUUUGAACUAUUUAUCGUAUUAUUACAAAAAGGUCGUGAUACAAUUUCAGUACUAACAUCCGAAACUGCUGAGUGUUAUUCUACCACUCGAUUUUGUAACGAAAGGACACCAUUUAACCACAGU